GAUCACCGUUGUGUCCAGUCACUUGUUGCUCCGCGCGCAGUUAGUACACGUCUGAUUAUUCUUACCUCACCACCAGUAUGUCGCUCGUCAACAUGGUGUCCUCAACACCAUCCUCCGCCUCGCAGACUCCCUCGGCAGUGAACGUGUGCAAGUGUGAGGUGGCCGGAGGAAAACGCCAGGACUCUGUCGAGGAAAUGAAGUCGCAGCUCCUACACAUGGGGAGGGAAAGGAGGUCCUCGUCAUCAGCUGGUCAUGAGAAGUGCCCGUUCCACUUCGACUUAGAGUUGGAUCACAAGCCGCCUACCAGGGAGGACAUCAUCCCAGAGCUGGCCGCCAGUUAUCGCUCCCUUCUGAAGGAUCUCGGUGAGGAUCCAAAUCGUGAUGGGCUCCGUAAGACUCCCGUUAGAGCUGCUAAGGCCAUGCUCUACUUCACCAAGGGCUACGACCAGACUAUCGAAGAUGUGAUGAACGACGCUGUGUUCGACGAGGACCACGACGAUCUGGUUAUCGUGAAGGACAUAGAGAUGUUCUCCAUUUGCGAGCAUCAUCUGGUCCCCUUCUGGGGUAAAGUGUCUGUCGGCUACCUCCCAAACAAAAAAGUGCUGGGCCUCUCCAAGGUAGCCAGAAUUGUGGAAAUCUUCAGCCGUAGAUUACAGGUUCAAGAGCGGCUAACGAAACAGAUUGCCCUGGCAGUGGUGGAGGCCAUCCAACCUACUGGUGUGGGCGUCGUGGUGGAGGGCAUCCACAUGUGUAUGGUGAUGCGUGGAGUGCAGAAGAUCAAUGCAAAGACCACCACGUCCACAAUGUUGGGGGUGUUCCGAGAUGAUCCCAAGACCAGGGAGGAGUUUCUCACCUUAGUCAAAUAGAAACUUCCUCAUUCAUAAAUAAGAGAGACAGUGGGAGAUGGAUACUCACAAUAUUGUCUUUGAAAGGAGUUAAAACUGUGUUAAUAAAAAGUUACUAAAUAUAGUUGAAACAAGAUCUUAAAGAUUGAAGGAGUCAGAAACUUCACCUAAAAAAGAGAAAGCAAAUAAUGAAGUUAGUACAGGUACAAAAAUAAAUCAAGAAUCUAAAUGAAAAUGAAAAGACAAGAAAAGUGAUUAAAAUAAAUAUUCAUGUAAAACUGGAAAUAUCUCUUAUUUAGCAAUAUAUAGCAAAGUUUUAAAAAUCCAUAAGAGAUUUAAAGAACUAAAUACUGUAUUCACCAAAUUCUAUAAUCUCCCCAAUCUUUCUCACCUAAAAUCUUACCUGUAAUUCUUCAUAUUAUUUUCUUAGUUUACAAGAAGAGGAUUAUGUUUGAAAACCACAAUAUGGUUUCUUAUAUCUGUACUGUUGUUAUUUGAGUAACAUUUUAUGAACCGAACUACAACAUUCUCUGUAAGUCCAUUACAGGUGUUUAUUUUUUUGUAAUUUGCCUUAUUAUUUAAGGUUUCAGAGAAUUUGAAAAAAAUUAUGAAAGGAGAGACAAGCAGAAUCAGUGCCACAUAAAUAAUACACUGAGGAGAAUAUUAUUACCCAGGGCAACAAUUGUUUUAGUAAGACCAUCAUCAAACCAGGUAGAAAUAGGUCACAUUAGUUUAAGGUGGACAACUGUCAGAACAUACAAUAAAGAUCAAGGUUUUAUUAUUUUAUACUGUAGUCAGGCAGUUGAUCAAUGGCUCUGGAUGGCUAAUUAUCAAAGUCACACUUGUGCUAUAAUCAAGUAUGUGUUCACAAUCAAUUACUCAGCAUAUAUAUUUAUCAGGCCAUUCAAUAAAGUUUACAGUAAUUGGAUUGUUAUGGAGUCAAAAGUGAAUACUGUAAUGGUCUUUAGUAAAUAGAAACUUCCACUCCAUUCUAUAUAUUGAUGGGUUUUCCAAGUAUUGUACUGUACUCGUAUGUUUCUUCAUCUCAUUUCAUUGUGAAAUUAUUUAGCAAUUGAAAACAGUGAUAAGCAUUUUACUGUUAUGACAAAAUUGUGCCAAAGAACAAGGUCUGAUAUAUUAAUUAUGAAAUGUCCCUUUGGCUGCCUGUCACUUGCAUGAAAUAAAUUCCUGGAUUACCUACCCCUUUCUGGGUGUAAUGUUAAUGCCAUGGUUUUUAUGUGUCAACAUAUUAGUCAUCCCAUCAAAUAUCUUACAUAUGAAACCAUGAAAAAAUAUUCAAGACCCUGAGGAAAAAUUAUAAAAUGGGCCCCCAAAAGAACUGAGACACUGUAAGUCACUUGAGUGUGUGUUUGUGUGUGUCUCUAAACAGGGCACCCAGAGUAAUUUAACCAUUGAUGUGUUUCUUGGCUGUGGAUCCUUAAGUGCUUCCCCUAUGGCCAAUUACCACAUCAACAUAUACUUUGACAGCUCUAUGGAUACUCGGUGCUUAGCAAGUGAGAACCAGUAUUCAUCCCCUCCUAUGAGCUUCCUAAGGGGAGUAUGCCUACCCUUGCUUACUAAGCACCAACUAUCCACUGAACUAGUGAUGUAGUUAUAUACAUGGUACAGGUACUUGUCUAUUUUCAUAUGUGAAUCUUAAAAAAAUGGUAGGUUUUGUUUCUGGUACUGACAUUUCAGAAAUCACAGAGAUGUACUUCAACUGUACUUUGUUAAAGAAGUUUUACCAUACUAAUAAUUGUAUUUAUAUAAAAUAAAUAUAUAUAUUUUUAUUACAUAUGAAUCUGCAACAGGAGCAUUACAGCUAUGAUCAGUAUUAUUCAUAAUAAGGAUCAAUUUCCUGUUUUCCUGAAAUAUGGAAGAAGUACAAUUAUGGUUCUCAUGUCUUUCUGUUGUGUGUUAUCUAGGCUGACUCUCCUUACAGCUCUGCUUACUAACUGCCACUCAUCAUUUCCAUCUCAUAAGAGUCUGGCUAAGUAGUCAAGGAAGGAGAAGCAGCCUGUAAGCAUGACGAUAAUAAUUGACAAACUGUCAGUUGUUGAAGGUGCCUAUGUGCAUAGACACAAUUGUCUAUGCUACAAAUUAAAAAAAAAUUCUUGUACUGACAAUUCGAUUUUUGUUGAUGAGUGUAAUAUUAUAUUACAAUAAGCUUUUAUGAGUAACCAUAAGUACAUGAACCUGGGAAAUGAUGUUUAGCAGACUUGACUGUUGAAAUAAAUGUUUAUAUAUAAAA